CCAACCUUCUCUCUCUAUUCUCUCAAUUCUCCAACCUCUCAAACUACAAAAAAAAAAAAAGAUCAAAAUCUCAUCCAAUUCCACAAGUGUGAAAGAUGUUUAACAUGACAGAUAUGAACAUGUUUUCGCGGCGGUGCGUGUGGGUAAAUGGCCCCGUGAUAGUCGGGGCAGGGCCCUCUGGACUGGCCGUGGCGGCCGGCCUCAGAGAGCAAGGCGUCCCUUACGUAAUCCUCGAAAGGGCCGCCUGCAUUGCCUCCCUAUGGCAAAACCGUACCUACGAUAGGCUUAAACUCCACCUCCCAAAGCAAUUUUGCCAACUCCCCAACUACCCAUUUCCUGACCACUACCCAGAGUAUCCAUCUAAGAAACAAUUCGUCGACUACCUCGAAUCCUACACCGCCCACCACGACAUCCGCCCGCACUUCAACGAGAGCGUCGACUCCGCCAAGUACGACGAGGCCUGCCGCCUGUGGCGCGUCCGCACCACAGGCCCGGACGGCGAGGUCGAGUACAUCUGCCAGUGGCUGGUGGUGGCCACUGGUGAGAACGCGGACCCCGUCGUCCCAGACGUGGAGGGGCUCGUCUCCUUUGGAGGCGAGGUCGUCCACGCCUGCGACUACAAGUCCGGCGACAGAUUUAAAGGGAAAAAAGUCCUCGUCGUCGGAUGCGGGAACUCCGGGAUGGAGGUCUCCCUCGACCUCUGCAACCACGGCGCCCGGCCAGCGAUGGUCGUCCGCAACGCGGUCCACGUGCUCCCGAGGGAGAUGUUCGGGAAAUCGACGUUCGAGCUGGCUAUGAUGAUGAUGAAAUGGCUGCCGCUUUGGCUUGUCGACAAGCUGCUCCUCUUUUUCACUUGGAUGAUCCUCGGGAGCACCGAGAGCCUCGGGCUCAAGCGGCCCGAUAUCGGGCCGCUCGCCCUUAAAAACUACGGGCGCACGCCCGUGCUCGACAUUGGCGCACUGGAGAAGAUUAGAUCCAAGGAAAUCCAAUUGGUUCCUGGGAUCCAGCGCUUCUCCUGCGCCAGUGUCGAGCUGACCAGUGGGGAACAGCUCGACAUCGACGCGGUAGUUUUGGCCACGGGGUACCGCAGCAACGUGCCCUACUGGCUGCACGAGACGGAAUUCUUCGGGAAAAACGGAUUCCCGAAAACGCCCUUCCCGCACGGCUGGAAGGGGAAAUCCGGCCUUUACGCGGCCGGAUUCACCAGGAGAGGGCUCUCCGGGUUGUCAGCUGAUGCUAUCAAGAUCUCGCAAGAUAUUGCCGGAGUUUGGAAGGAUGAUUUGAAGCAGAAGAAGCAGAAAGUUCCGACACACCGUCGUUGCAUUUCAACCUUCUAAAUUUGAUCAUCGGUCUUAAUUAGGCAAAAGUGUAUAUUGAUUAGCAGAAGAUAGCAUUAAUUAGAGAUUAGCCCUCUCCAAAUAUGACCCAAAUUUUGAAAUAUUGGGUGUAUUUUUGUAUACUAUUACCCACCAAGGAUGACGAGGCUUAUUCCUCUAUGUCGAAAUAUGAAGUAAAAAAAGAACAAUUUUAAUACAUGUCAAAUGUAAUGUGUUAUAGAUGAUAGAUCACUAUCUUUGUACAAUUUUGAACACAUCAAUUUCAAUGGAAAAGGAAGCCCAUUUUCUUAAA